AUGGGGCGCGAGCAGGAGCUGAUCCAGGCCGUGAAGAACGGGGACGUACCUGGAGUGCAGAAGCUGGUGGCCAAGAUCAAGGCGUCCAAGAGCAAGCUCCUGGGAUCUGCCAAGCGCCUGAACGUGAACUACCAGGAUGCGGACGGGUUCUCAGCACUGCACCACGCAGCCCUGGGUGGCAGCCUGGACCUCAUCUCGCUGCUGCUGGAGGCACAGGCCACCGUGGACAUCAAGGACAGCAACGGGAUGCGGCCCCUGCACUACGCGGCGUGGCAGGGCCGCCUGGAGCCCGUGCGGCUGCUGCUCCGCGCCGCUGCCUCCGUCAACAUGGCCUCGCUGGAUGGGCAGAUCCCGCUGCACCUCUCGGCGCAGUACGGCCACUACGAGGUGUCGGAGAUGCUCCUCCAGCACCAGUCCAACCCGUGCCUCAUCAACAAGGCGAAGAAAACCCCGCUGGACUUGGCCUGUGAGUUCGGGAGGCUGAAGGUGGCCCAGCUGCUGCUGAACAGCCAUCUGUGUGUCGCCCUGCUGGAGGGACAAUCCAAGGAUGCCACUGACCCCAACUACACCACUCCACUACAUCUGGCAGCCAAGAACGGGCACAAGGAGAUAAUCAGGCAGCUGCUGAAGGCUGGGAUUGAGAUCAACAAGCAGACAAAGACAGGCACAGCCCUGCACGAGGCCGCGCUCUACGGCAAAACAGAGGUGGUGCGGCUGCUGCUGGAGGGUGGAGUUGACGUGAACAUCAGGAACACCUACAACCAGACAGCACUGGACAUUGUCAACCAGUUCACCACCUCACACGCCAGCAAGGACAUCAAGCAGCUGUUGAGAGAGGCAUCAGGAAUCCUGAAGGUCCGAGCUUUGAAGGAUUUUUGGAACCUCCAUGACCCAACUGCUCUCAAUGUCCGAGCAGGAGAUGUCAUCACGGUCCUGGAGCAGCACCCAGAUGGCCGAUGGAAGGGGCACAUCCAUGACGCUCAGAAAGGCACCGACCGGGUCGGGUACUUCCCCCCCUCCAUUGCUGAAGUCAUCAGCAAGAGGACAGGCAUGGUUGUCCCCCGCGUGGCACCCGCGCAGCAGCGCCAGGGUCCCCCUGGGGCCCUGCCAGCCCCCCCUGGGGGGCUGCAGCACCUCCCUGAUGAGUGUCCACACCCGGCAGCCCCGAGCGGCCCAGCGGCCUUUGGUCACCUCACCCUAAGCCGGACGGCCCCAGGCCCUGACAGCUCAGCAGGAGACAGGAACAGCGUGGGCAGCGAGGGCAGCAUCGGCAGCAUCCGCAGCGCCGGCAGCGGCCAGAGCACCGAGGGCACCAAUGGGCAGAGCACCAGCAUCCUCAUCGAGAAUGCCAGGCCUCUGCCCUCCACCGGAGACAACCUCCAGCAACAUCUUUUGGGAUCAGAGCCACACAAUGGGACCUCCCCAGCAGGGCCACAGGGCCUCCAGACCCCAGGCAGCUGCCCCCCUGGAGACAGGGUCUUCUCCCACCAGUUCUUGCGUCCUGAGCAGCUCCUCGAGGGGAAGGAUGCAGAAGCCAUUUACAACUGGCUGCAUGAGUUCCAGCUGGAGUCGUACACUCCCAACUUCCUCAACGCUGGCUACGAUGUCCCCACCAUCAGCCGCAUGACCCCGGAGGAUCUGACAGCCAUUGGUGUGACCAAACCAGGCCACAGGAAAAAGAUCUCUACAGAAAUUGGGCAGCUCAGCAUUGCUGAGUGGCUGCCCAACUACAUCCCGGCUGACCUGAUGGACUGGCUCAGUGCCAUUGGGUUGCCCCAGUACCACAAAAAGUUGGUGAACAAUGGCUACGAUUCCAUCACCAUCGUGACAGACCUGACAUGGGAGGACCUGCAAGAGAUUGGCAUCAACAAGCUGGGCCACCAGAAGAAGAUUAUGUUGGCUGUCAAGAAGCUCAGAGAUCUCCGCAAAAGCCUCAAUCAAGCAGAAGCAACUCUGGCAAGACGCAAAGUCCCUGGUUCCCUGGACAUUGUCACCAUUGAGUCACUGGAAAAUGGGGAGUGCCAGUCCCCACACACGCUCAAAAUGACAACCUUCCAGGACAGUGAGCUCAGCUAUGAGCUCCAGACAGCCAUGUCCAACAGCUGCCACGACACACUCGGCAUCAAGAGCAGCCAGGGAAUGUCACGGAGCCAGGAGAGCAUCGGGGUGCGGUCGCGGGGCUCAGGGCACUCGCAGGACAAUGUGCUGUCCCGGCGCCUCUCCAGCCCCUCGCAGGAGAGCCUGGGCAGCGGCGAGAGCAGCAGCAGCAGUGGGCAGUCCUGUGCACCCCCCCGCAGCAAGGAGAGCCCGGCCAGCCUGCCGGGCCGGCCCAGCCCCGAGCCCUAUGGGAAACUCGUGUCCCCCGAGGGGCUGAACGGCUUUGCCAAUGGUGGCGGCGGGGGCAGCCCUCUCAAGGAGAGGAACCUGCCCGAAGGAACGGAUCAGUACACCCGGCCUGUGGCUCAGAAAGGAGCUGGGACUCCAGCGGUCACUCCCUGUACUCCUCCCCAGACUCCCAGCAAGGGAACAGCCCCGUACGUCUUCAUGUACCCACACGUCUCCCUGAAGUCCCCAACGGCCCCAUCUGUCCUGGGAGCAGAGCAGCCCAAGGCCCUAGCACAUCUCCCCUCCAUCUCCCCUGCACAGAAGAGCAGCCUGCAGACGUCAGCCCAAAAAGGCUUCUCCUACCUGCACAGCCAGUGUGGUCCCACAGAGCCACCCACCACAGCCCCCACGACUGGGGAGCAUCACAACGGAGGUGAAGGCUUGAAACACAAGAAGCGCUCGCACAGCCUGAACCGAUACGCGCUGUCGGAUGGGGAGCAUGAGGAGGAGGAGGGGGCCCCCAGCAGCACCCUGGGCUCCUACGCCACGCUGACGCGGCGGCCGGGCCGCAGCCAGAUGCCGCGGGCCUGUCUGCAGGCAGACGCCAAGGUGACCCGCAGCCAGUCCUUCGCCAUCCGGGCCAAGCGCAAGGGCCCUCCCCCGCCGCCUCCCAAGCGCCUCAGCUCCGUGUCCAGUGCCCUCACUGCCGAGGCAGACGGGGAGCAGCCCCCCAGCCCCGAGCGCCAGCCCACAGCCCCUCAGGACCUGGUUGAUGCAGGUGCCACCCCCAGCGAUGCUGGGCGUGGCAGGACAGUGAAGAGCCUGGCGGCUGCGCUGGAGGGAACACCAAGUGUGAGUCCUUCCAAGCCCCUCCUGGCCCCAAAACCGCUGCACCUGACUCAGGACUGUCUCCCCCGGGCAGAUGUGGGUGAGGGGUCCCACGAUGGCAGUGAUGCCAGCAGUGCCACACUUUCCAAUGGCAGCAGGGACCCCUUUGAGAGCGGCAAGCCACGGAGACGGACAGUGAGUGAGCCCAGCGCUCCUAUGACAGAGGUGGCUGCACAGGGUGAGCAAGAGGCUGCCUGCUCAGACACUGAGGAGGAGGCCAAGCCGGGGGUCUCCUCUUCAUCGUCCCAGAACAGCUCCAGUGAGUGCAUCCCCUUUGCAGAAGAAGGCAAUUUAACCAUCAAACAGCGGCCAAAGCCCAGUGGGCAUUCCAAGGCUGACACGGCCAUGCCGGACAUGGAGCCUGGUUCCCAGCCAGCAGAGCCCCAGGGCUCCGGUGAGAAGGAGCCAGCAGCCCCUGCUGUCACCAAGGAGCCGCCCGUGCUGGAGUUCAACCUCACCGAGUCGGACACGGUGAAGCGCCGGCCGCGCUUCAGGGAGCGGGAGCCGCUGCAGGCGGUGCUGAAGGCGUUCAGCAUGGCGGGGCAGGCAGAGGCGGGGGGCGCCCCCACACCCCAGUAUGCCCAGGCCCAAGCCGUGAGCAUCGCGGGCCCCCCCACCUCGGCACCAGCACCACAGCCCAUGCUGGCUGGAGAUGCCUUUGAUGAUGACAGUGUGGAGUUCAGGAUUGCUGAGAUAGAGAAAAGCAUCUUGUCGCUGGAGAAAGGGAUGAAGAAGGCCCCAAGCCCCACCAAAGCCCCCAGCCCCACAGAGCUGGUUGGCACGGCUGUGGUGAGGACACCCACUCCAGAUGUCCCUGUCAAGCACACCUCUGUGGCAUCCACCAAGCUCGUCUUCUCUGGACCCAAGACCAUCUACCAGCAGGUCCUGCAGCCCUCCCGCCACACUGUUGCCCCCUGGGCAGCCACUGAGGCAGCGCCAGAUGUGAUCGGGUCCCUGCCCGGUCCUGGCUCACUGACGCUGGAAACAGGCAGCAAGGUAUCAGCCAAGCCUUUGGCAGCUGCCCCGGGGACCACCCUGGCCCAGCAGCGGCUGGAGCAGACCAACUCCAGCUUAGCUGCCACGCUGCAGGCGGCCGACAAGAAAAUCACAGUGGAGGAGGCGGAGAGCCACCCUGGAACCGUGCACUCGGCCAAGAACAUCUUGGAAGACAUCAGCAACAUGUUCGACGACCUGGCCGACCAGCUGGAUGCAAUGCUGGACUGA